AUGUAUAUGCCCAUUCUCGGUCUCCUUUUGGCCUCACUGGCAAUGGCCUCUUACCCUUUGAGCCCUGAAGAAGGACACCAGAACUCGGGAUCCAGCGGUAGCACAACCCCGUUUCUUUCCGGCAUUUUGAGCUCUGGGGACUGUGAUCUUGCAGCCUGUAUCAAAGAGCUGGAGCCCAUCCUUUCAAGCUGUGAAGGUGUCAUUACCAACUUCGGUGAUAUAUCCACCGACCUCAAAUGCGUCGAGGGCGCUGUUGGUGCCGCGUUUUCGUCUUCGCACUGCAUCACCUGCGCUACAACUGCCAUUUCGGAUAUCCAGAGAAUCUUCACCCAGGCUCAGCGGAGAUAA